UGGAUCCUGUCGAGAUGAGCAUUCCUGGCUUAUCCCACGCCUUUGCUACAGUGACCUUCACUCCAGAACAAAAGGAGGACUACCAGUGCACUUUCACAGCUUCCCUUGUUAGCCCAAAAAGCAGGUCUGUGAAGAUGAAACCCCAAGAGCUGACCUUCACUGUCAGUGGAGAGGGGCACGUGCCUCAGGUGACAGUCGAGUGCCCGGGCCUUCAGAGUAAGAGAGGAACCCCUGUGCUGCGCUUCAGGAGGCUCCUGCUGGGGGAUUCACAGACACUCCCCCUGGUCCUUCGUAACAAUGGCAUCAUACCCACAAAGUUUACAGUUCAUAUCAUGGAUGACCAGGGAGUUUUCUUCCUGAAAAGCACGCAGUCCGCACUCCGUGCCUUCCACACUGCAGACAUGGAAAAGGACUCCACUGGAAAAGCCAAGAAGCCUUACCUGCUCCUGGAACACGGGCAAUCAGCAGAGUUUGACGUGUUUUUCAAACCCACCCUGGCCCAACGUCUGAAAGGGAAGAUCCGUGUGCCAGUGUCAGGCAACAGUGAGAUCGACAUAGAGCUGGUGGGUGAAGGCCACAAUGAUGACUUCACCCUUGAUAACCUCCCUGGACUAGCAGAAGACAGCCAGGAGAGCAAUGCUGAGGGCAAUCUGGAGGACGACAUCAUUGAGGCUGUCAGAGCGAAUCACAUAAAGUUUGGGGAGUGUGCAGUCGGGGAGCUCUACGACAAGACCUUCACAGUCACCAACCGCAGCAAGGAGGAGGUGAUGCGGUUUGAGUGGCUGCUGGCAGAUGCCCCGUUCCAGUUCUCCCCCAAGGUGGGACACCUCCAGCCUGGCUGUGCCAAGAAUAUCAGAGUGACCUUGAAAUCCAAGGUCCCGGUCACCAUCAAAAGGCACUCUGUGAACUGUAAGGUGGCCAAGAUCAAAUACCAGCUGCCACCAGAGGAGGUUUGCGACUGGGAUGACAGAAUGUGCACUGAGAAGUGGGAGGAUACCACCGAGAGACUCCCAGGAGCCCGCUGGCCUUUGAAGCGGAGGGUGGUCAAGGCAGUCCCGGAACCACCUCACACCAUCGUGGAGAGGAGCAGCCACGAGGUCGAGCUUUUCCUCAGUGCUCAGGUUGACUACGCCGAGUUCAAACUGGACACGGUCGAGGUUCAACUGAAGCAGACUGAGCUCUUCCAGACAGAGAUAAGCACUUUCCGGAUGUCCAAUACAGGGAAUGUAGCCCUGAAAUACUGCUGGGUGGAGAAUCUGGAGGAGGAAAUACCAUCAAAGAGUUCUGGGAGGCCGUUCUCGUCCACUCAGACACGUGAUUUCUUGUCCUCUACUGCUGAGGAUCUCUGGGAAAGGAAUCGUGCAAGGCUGGUGCAGCAGGCAUUGCCGCUCGAGUCAACUCAGCCCCAGCCAACUCAGCCCCAGCCAAGUCUGCACCUUAGCUCCUCCCUGGAAUUCUCUCCAACUCCCGUCAAGUACCCACCACUGUUCUCCAUCGAGCCCCACUGCGGUACCAUCCCUUCUGGCCAGAAUCAGAUUUUCCAUGUGAAAUUCUUCCCGACGCGUGUGGGGGAAUUUAAGGCCGAAAUGCUGUGCAGACUUCUUAAUCUGAAGCCAUCUCAGGAGAGCCCACGGGUGUUUGUGAUGGGGAAAGGCUGUUUGCCAAAGGCUGAUCUGAAACGCUCUACAUCACUGCAAAAAGGUGAAACCCAGAGCAGCAAACCCAAGAAGAAGGUGCAGCAGUCAGCAAAACCAGAGUGACACCAUUUGUGUCAUGGCUUCUCCUGCUCGUGGUUUCCCAGCCUUCAGCAGAGACCUCC